AUGUCAUCAACAAUUCUUCCUUGGAGACCUAUAUUUCAAGCAUGGAUGAAUAAACAAAUAAAAACUAUUAGAAUUUAUAUAUUUGAAAUACUUGAAAAACAUUUUGAUGAAUUAUUUAAAUUAUUAAUUACAAAAUGUUUACCGAAAAUGAAAGUUAAUGCAUGUAAUUAUAUCAAACAAAUCAUUGAUUUACUUGAUGGAUUAUUGAAUAAAGAAAUCGAAUAUACGAAAAUCUUUUUAGAACGAUUGACUAUAUUUGCACUUAUGUGGAGUAUGGGUUCACUAUUAGAAUUAAAUGACCGAGCUAAACUUGAACAAUAUUUUAUUGGUCAAAGCGAUAUUAAUAUUCCGAAGAAUAUACCACAAGGUGACUCGAUCUUUGAUUAUUUAGUUAAUGAUAAUGGCCAAUGGGAACAUUGGUCGACUCGUGUUGAAUCAUGGGAAUAUCCAAAGGAUGAAAAAAUUGAUUUUGCAUCAAUUCUUGUUCCUAAUAUUGGUAAUGUUCGUAUACUUUCGAAACAAGAAAAAGCUGUAUUAUUAAUUGGUGAACCUGGUACAGCUAAAACUGUUAUAAUUACAAGUUAUUUAAAACAUUAUGAUAGUGAACAACAUUUAACUCGUAUAAUAAAUUUUUCAUCAAUAACAACAAGUAGUUUAAUACAAAAAACUAUAGAAAAUUUUGUUGAUAAACGUGUAGCAAAUAUAUUUAGUCCAUUAUAUGGACGUAAAAUGACAAUAUUUAUUGANAUACAGAAUACAAAGAAUGUCCAUUUAAUAGUGAAUUUCUUCAAUGGUAUGAUUGUGAAACAUCAACUCAAUUAA